GAGCAAAUACAGUCGCAGCUGGAGAGCCUCAGGAGAGAGAAAGGAGAACUGGAGAAACGGGAAAGGAAGGAGCGAUGGAUCUGCCAGGACUAUCUGGAAAAAGUGAAGGCAGAGAGGCAGAAGAUUGUGCCUGAAUUUAAGCAGCUGCGACAGUACCUGGAGGAACAAGAGUGCCUGCUGCAGGCUCAGCUGGGAGAGCUGGAGAAGCAGAUUAAAACAAGAUUGAAAGAAAAUGCUGCUAAAUUCUCCAAGAAGAUUAUUUAUCUGGAUGGCCUGAUCAAGGAGAAGGAGUGUCAGCUGUCAGGACACGAGUCCCUGCAGGAUGCUGGUGAUGUUUUGAGCAGGUGUGAGAGGGCAAAACUCCAGCAAAAGGAGCAGAUGAGCCACGAGCUGAAGAAGGAGCCCGGCGUCUGCUCGCAAAAAGCUCCCAUGCUAGAGGAGAUGGCAAGAAAACCCCAAGAUGCUUUGACAACUGACACAGGGGAGGGAGUGGAGGAAUCACAGGGACCGUACACAAAAGUGAACGUGACUCUGGAUCCAGACACAGCUCAGUCCCGGCUCGUCUUGUCAGAAGAUCAGAGAAGUGUGAUGCAGGGAGCCACACAGCAGAGCCAGCUUGACAACCCAGAGCGAUUUGACCCAUGGCCUUGUGUGCUGGGCUGUGAGGGAUUCGACUCGGGGCGACCAUGCUGGGAGGUGGAGGUGGGCUAUGGGUCGUGCUGGGCUGUGGGGGUGGCCCUGGAGUCCGUGAAGAGGAAGGGACCAAUUGACAUGAGCCCCAUGGGGGGGAUCUGGGCGGUGGGGCAGUAUAAGGAGAAGUUCCAGGCUCUCACUUCCCCAUCUCCCACCCCUGUCCUCGCCAGCACGGUCCCCCGGAGGGUGCGGGUCUGUCUGGACCAUGCAGGGGGACAGGUGAUGUUUGUCAACGUGGACAGCGAGGCUGUGAUUUUCACUUUCCCGCGAGCCAUGUUUGCGGGGGAGCAAAUCCACCCCUGGUUCUGGGUGGGUAAGGCGUCCCAGCUCAAACUGUGUCCUGAGACCUGA